CACCAUCACCAUCACCACCAUCACCAUCACCACCAUCACAUUCCCGAGCAGAUGUCGCCUCAGCAGGCCGGUGUCUCGCUGUUUAAUAGUACAAAGCGCAUCAUCUCGAACGAGGCUGUCUUGGAAGCGGUCGCUCACAAGCCUCGUGAGCACCUGGGCGAUUUCGUCUACGAGCUAAGCCUACAACCAGCACGGAUCCAGGACCCUCGCACCGGACGGCCGCCGCGUCACGCGUACUCGUCUACGCCGAAGCCCCUGCCGCUUGAUAUCAUAAGGGGGAAAGAGGGAAGCACGCUUAUGGUCAAGGUCGGAAAACAGCACCUGACCUCGUCUGCGAGGGCAGAGAUCACGUCCCGGCGGGCUGUAUGGGGGACGGACGUGUAUACGGACGAUUCGGAUGUCGUGGCAGCUUGCAUCCACGGCGGGUGGAUCCGAGGUGAAUGGUCCGAGGAUGUCGACGUCGAGAUGCUGGGCCUGGAUGUAGGGCCCGGUGCAGAUGUCAAGGAGAUCAAGGGCGGGAAGAAGGGCCGAGGCAAGGCGCCUGGCGAGACGAGGCCUAGUCCCGAAUUUCUGGAAGAACCCCUGCGGACUGGACCUGUCGCAGCGCCAGCGGGAAAAGACAUGCACGUGAUGGUCAUGAUCUUGCCAAAACUAGAGCAGUAUACGUCCACCACAAGGUUCGGCAUCAAGAGUCGGGAGUGGGGCGGGCGGCUAGGUCGGAAGGGACAGAGGUCGAGCCACGAUGGGCUCAGCUUCACAAUCGAGUCUGUCCGCUUCGUCACCAAUGGCGCCGGGGCACAAAGCCGGCUGAGGGGACAGGCCAGACGAGAACGGAUGCGGAAGGCGAUGAAG